CAAAUUGCUUGCUAAUUGUUCAAAUGAAUUUCUCUACCUUUCUCGAGUACUCUCAACCGCCUCUCUCCGUCCCGGAGGCCGUGAAUGGAAUUGGCCAAGUUGCUGAUAAGACCCCUACAGCGCCAGAUAAGCAAAGUACCCUGGGAUCGUAAAUUCAACCGUUCAGUAAUAAAUCAGCACCCCGCCACUCUGCUGCAGUUUGCAAAAAUAACAGCUGAAAAAUGAGCGAGGAAAUUGAGGUUCUGGUCUUCGGUUCGGCCAUCAUAGAUUUCAUCUGCUACACGCCCCGCCUGCCCAAGGCCGGGGAGACGCUUCACGGACACAAAUUCCAGACCGGCUACGGCGGUAAGGGUGCGAAUCAGUGUGUGGCGGCCGCUAGGCUGGGCUCAAGGACGGCGUUGGUUGCCAAACUAGGCGACGAUAGCUUUGGCAGCGACUACCUUCGCCAGCUGCGAGAGGAGAACGUCAAUGUAAGCCACGUGCAGCAGCUGACGGGCCAGAGCACGGGCAUUGCCCAGAUCGCAGUCUCCGACGAUGGCGAGAACAACAUCAUCAUUGUUGUAGGUGCCAAUAACCAGCUUAGCGCCGACGACGUUUUCUUCGCCAAGGCACUGUUUGGCGAGGCCAUGGUGCUCGUGUGCCAGCUGGAGACACCCGUUGCAGCCACGCUCCAAGCCCUGCGCUGCUUUAAGGGUGUUUCCAUUGUAAACGCCGCACCGGCAAUGGAGCAGACGCCACGAGAGCUGCUGGAGCUGGCCAACAUAUUCUGCGUGAACGAAAGCGAGGCUGCCAUGAUGACGGGAGUGUCCAGCGUGAGCAGCAUAAAGGAAGCUAACGACGCCUGCAAGCGGCUCAUUGAAAUGGGUGCUAACACGGUGAUUCUCACACUGGGCCCUGUGGGAGCUGUGUGGGGAGCCAAAGAUUCGCCCGGCAAAUUCCAGCACGUGCCCGCUCCGCACGUCAACAAAGUGGUGGACACAACGGGCGCGGGUGACGCCUUCAUCGGUGCACUAGCCCACAACCUGGCCCGCUUCCCAGAUAGAACCCUCGACGCACACAUUGCGGCCGCCUGUGAGGUGGCCUCACAGUCUGUCCAGCUGCCAGGGACCCAAUCGAGCUUCCCCCGCGCUUAGCGUGGCUGCAGGAGACUCUCUCUAGUCCCGUGUACUUAUAUCUAAUAAUAAACUCCACCUUGAAAAAAAA